UGGAUUGUCGCAGGCCCGCGGCGGCGCGCUCGAAACAGCAGGCGGCGGCGCAGAUGGAGAUGGACCUGGAACUCCAAUCCACCGCGGCGCCGUAGCAUCCUCCGCUCGUGGGAAAGCAGAGGGGGAGGAGAAGCGGCGAGACCGUCGUCAGAGCUAUUCUCCUCCCUCCUCGCUGUCAAGUGCUCGCUGCUAAGCUGCCGAGCUCCCUACGAGCAUCUCAAGUUUGCAUUGCAGCUCAUGGCAGGGAAAAAAAAAAGAACGAAUAACAAUGUUGCUAUUUGUUCUUUCCUCAAGUGAUUACUGCAAUGCCAGUAGUUUCCUAGUGCUAUUCUUACUGACUCGUCCUAAGCAGAUCUCUGUCAGUUGAUUGUUAGCUUUUCUUUUUGACCCACGUCCUUGUAAAAGAUGAGCUCAACACGUGGAGGUCCCAAAGCUGGAAAACCAACAAUCGAUUGCCAUCGGCUUCCAUUAGAUGGGCGCCCAUUUGAUCCAGAUGCAUUUCUUACUAAGGAUCGUAAUGCCAAUAACCAAUCGAAGCCAAGUACGCAGGCAGGCAGCAAAUCUACAGAUAGAAUAUUGACCACUCCACAGUUAGUAUCCGCAUUGACUGGGAUCUGGAAUCUUGUUGGCCAGCCAGAAUCUUCCUGCACAGCUCAAAGAUCCGAGAGCCAUGGGAUUCUGCAUAAAGAUGAGCCUGUGUUCUUCAGUGGAGAGCAAAAGGAACAGACAGUGACGUCUUGCUGUGCUGAAAACUCAACUGGUCUGAUCUCUCAAAACUUUUUGUCAACACCAAAGUCAAUUUUUGAAGAUCUUAGUUUGGUAAAGAAAACAUUAAUGCUCACAUCAUGCAGUAGCAUGACUGGUGGCUCAUCCGUUUGGAGACAUAUGCAUGUUGGGAGCGCCUAUUAUAUACAUCAGAAUAUAUAUCCCAUGCGAACCAGAAUGAUGCACACCUAUGCUGUUUCUGGCAGUUCGGAACUUAAGGAGAAUCAGUGCUUCAGAAGGGACGAUAACCAUUCCAAUCAAACAAGAAACAUGCCAACUGAGUCAUGUACUAGCUCCAGUGAAGUGGCUCACAGUUAUGAAAGUUCUCUACAUGGUACUAAAUCCAAUGUAGAGAAGAUUCCAGAAUAUUGUAGUUCUUCAUCUUGCUCAUCUCAGCAAAUAGUUGCUGGUGAAGAACCAAGGAUAAUACCAGCAGACCAGAUUUCAAGUAACACUUGUACGCUUAUUGAGAACUCGUGCACAUCUUGUCUGGUGGACGAUGCUGUGGUUGUUAAUUCAGAUCGUGAAGAUCAAAAUGCUGAUGGUCUCAUGUCUCAGAAGCACUCUGUAGACAAUUAUUCACCACAGUUGGAACCAAACGCUCAACAUCAGUCUUAUGGUGCUGUUACUCUGAACAGGCAUGCUGUGGCAGGAGCAUUAGCUGGGACGGUAGUCAGUGUUUCUCUGCAUCCAAUUGAUACAGUUAAGACCAUUAUUCAGGUCAACAGUUCUGGACGAAGUUCAUUCUACCACACGCUAAGACACACCCUUGUUGAGAGAGGAGUUUUAGGACUUUAUGGAGGGCUUGGUAGCAAAAUUGCUUGUUCUGCACCAAUUUCAGCGAUCUAUACUUUAACUUAUGAAAUAGUCAAGGGAGCUCUUCUUCCUAUUUUGCCAAAGGAAUAUUAUUCAGUUGCUCAUUGCGCUGCUGGUGGUUGUUCUAGCAUUGCAACUUCCUUUGUUUUUACACCCAGCGAAUGCAUAAAACAGCAAAUGCAAGUGGGUUCAAAAUAUCAGAAUUGCUGGGAUGCUUUAUUAGGAUCUCUUCGAAGGGGUGGCAUUACUUCACUAUAUGCUGGAUGGGGCGCUGUUCUUUGCAGAAAUAUCCCGCAUUCCAUAGUUAAGUUUUACACCUAUGAGAACCUGAAGCAGUUCAUGUUGAAAUCAGCUCCUCCUAAUGCUAAUCUUGAUUCUGGACAGACACACUGCGCAAAAAUCACGGCUAAAAUCAUUGAUGUUUUGCAUCUCAGCUUCUUUGUGGAGGUUUUGCUGGGUCCACUGCUGCGCUGUUUACAACUCCAUUCGAUGUUGUUAAAACACGAGUACAGUUACAGGCACUCAGCCCUGUUAGCAAGUAUAAAGGUGUUCUUCAUGCACUCAAAGAAAUUUCUCAGCGGGAAGGCUUGCAGGGUCUUUACAGGGGUUUGGCUCCAAGAUUGGCUAUGUAUGUAUCUCAAGGGGCUAUAUUUUUUACAUCCUAUGAGUUCCUCAAAACAAUUAUGUUUUCUGAACAAGAACUUCCUGGAAGUAACUUUUGAUCACAGAGUGAUAGGGCAUGGUGGAGGAACUGGAACACUGAAGUAUUUCCUGUUCAAUCUCAUGAACUAAAGGCUAGAGGAUUGUAGACUGAGAGGGAGUGACAGACUGGGAUGGUCCUACUCCUACUAGGCUAUAGGUUAGAGGAUUGUAGACUUGUAGUUAUUGAACUAACCAUUUCGUUGGUAUUGAUAGUGAAAUUUUGUACAAGUGUACAUUACAUUUUUGGAUACAUAAGCAACCAAACAGAUGGGCAUCCAUUUUGAGUAGAGAUCUCACAUCUAGGAAUCCAAAAUUUUGUACCAUCAACAAAGUUAUCAAUUAUGUAAAUUCCCUCACAAGCAACCUGUGACUGGGUGUAUCCUGAUUUUAUGAUCUGACGGGGGGAAAAAGAGAGCAAAUUUGAAUUUGAAUACAU